CUCAUCGGCUUUUACGAAGCCAUGGCAGUUCUUAUGUCGAAUCAAAUCAGAAGGCUGGUGGAGGAUUCUGUUGUCAACUUUGUUCGUUUCAUCGACGUUUAUAAGGGGGAAAUCUACGAGAUUCCACGCGAGAGUAUUAUGACUGUUCAUCAUAAACUGACUCCGCGACUGCAGAGAUUCAAGGAGCUGUUCCGGGCUCAGUAUGGGAAAGACAUGCCUUCCGAGGCGACACUCAAAGCUACUCCUCCGUUUUACACGACUCUAAAGUUUGAGAAAAAUGUCUACAGAGUCGAGCCGUCUUACGACGCGCUAGAACUCGGCCUUGUGGAAGUACUAGAAUACGCAGUGGCUCAAAGCGCUGGUGUUCAUCGUGUCGAUGCUGAAGAUUUAGAGCCAUCACGACGCUUAUUGUCGAGCAUGGCUGUGGAUGACGAGCUUGUUGGAGUUGCCAAAGGCCACAUAAGGCAGGUAGUGCAAUCAAAUGUUAACUAUCCUAAAGAGCUUAUGGACAAGUAUGUGCCUUUUGAAGCUCUUGCAAACAUGUCAGCACAAGCAUUUGCCCAAGAAUUUAAGGCCCAAGAAAAACCGAUUCAAGAGUAUGAAGAGGUUCUUAAACAGUUCAGCGAGAAGGAAAUUCAGAUUGAGGCUACAAGCGCAAACGUAGUGGACUGUGGCAUUGUGCGGGUGAAGUGCAAGGAGUACAAAGAUAUCUUGAUAAAGAAGGCGAGAUAUAUUGCACUACUGUUAAAAGAGCAGGUACUCGCAUUUAUGCAUGCUGCUAAUACAAAUGUGCUCGAACGCAUGGAGCACAUUGCCAGAGAGAUCAUAAAAAUUCCCACAAAUUCCGAAGAAGCUGUCUACUUGCGAAAGUUUCUUGCUGCGUCUCCCACCGAGCUUUCAGUUUUAGAGAGAAUCCUAGGAGAGAACAGGCAACGAGAAGACUUUCUAGACCGCUACCAGCUAAAUAUUCCUGAAACCGAAUUUCGGACGAUGUUGAUCGCAUAUGAAUGGCCGAAAAGAGUUCGGGCUGUGAUCGACGUGCAUACUAAAAGAAUUACUGAAGAGUACGAGCACUACGAAACACAACUUAAGCAGCGCCGUAUCGACUUUUUUGCAUUGUUGGAAAGUCUUGAUGUGCGAGUAAAAAGCUAUAUCACAAUUGCCGACCUCGAUAAGAUUGAAGCUAUCUCCGAUGAUGUUACCAACCUGAACAAUGGAUUACAAGCAGCUCUGGAGACCUCCGAGGCUUUAAAUGCCGAGGAAACCCUUUUUGGCGUACCACCAACGAAGUUCACGCAGAUACAACAGAUGAUUACCGCCCUGGAUCCGUUUUUCAAGUUGUGGACUGUCGGAGCCAAUUUUAAAAGACUUGAAGAGGAAUGGAUGAGCGCACCAUUCUUCUCGCUGGAUACUGAGAAAAUUGAGGGAGAGGUUUCGACAAUGUUUCGAGUAAUUUUCAAGCUUGUAAAGCAAUUUGGUGAAGACUAUCCGGAACCGGGAAGGGUUGCCAGUGCUGUCAAAGCACAGAUGGAGAAGUUCAAAGAAACGUUUCCUCUUCUUCGCUGUCUUUGUAAUCCAGGUCUUCGAGCUAGGCACUUUGAAAAGAUAUCUCAGAUUGUUGGUUUCGAACUUAAAGCCGAAGACACAAUAUCUUUCAGACAGUUGCUCAGAUUAAAUAUUGACGAGCAUCUAACAAAGCUGGAGGAAAUAAGUGAGCAUGCAAGCAAAGAGUAUUCGCUAGAAAGGGCAUUGAACCAAAUGGAGGCGGACUGGGCUCCUAUAGCUUUCGAGUAUGCUUUGUACAAGAACACAGGAACUCACAUUUUGAAAGGUGGCCCCAUAGAAGAAGCACAAAUCCUUUUGGAGGAACAUAUAAUCAAAACACAGAACAUGUUCUCCUCUGCUUUCGCUCAAUUUUUCUCAGAGCGGAUAGGAAUUUGGCUCAAAAAGAUCACAUUGAUGCAAGACGUUCUGCGGGAGUGGCUCAAAAUGCAAGCGGCAUGGAUGUAUCUGGAGCCAAUUUUUGGAUCACCUGAUAUUAUCGAGCAAAUGCCGAAAGAAGGAACUGCAUUUCAUGCAACGGAUAAAGUGUGGAGAAGGAUUGUAGCAGAAGUUAUCAAAACAAAGUGCAUGCUGGAGGCUGCCGAUAUCCCAAAUCUUUUGGCUGAUCUCAAAGAAGGAAACGCGCAACUUGAGAUUGUCAACAAAGGUCUCAACCAUUAUCUAGAGACAAAACGUCUUGCAUUUCCUCGGUUCUUUUUCCUUUCUAAUGACGAACUUUUGGAAAUAUUGUCGGAGACAAAAGAUCCGCUCAGAGUGCAGCCGUUUUUAAAGAAGUGUUUCGAGGGAAUCAACCAGCUCGAGUUCCAGCCAAACUUGGAUAUAACUGCCAUGCUGAGCGUGGAGUCGGAGAAAGUGCCAUUCACUCGUACUCACAACCCAAAGUCCGCAGGAGGCAACGUGGAGAAGUGGCUCAUAGAAGUCGAAGCGAUGAUGAAAGAAUGCUUAAGGGCCAUUGUUGUGCAAGCCGCUGCCGAUUAUGCAGUUGAGCCUCGCGAGAGUUGGAUUCUAAAGUGGCCCGGUAUGAUCGUUUUGUGUGGGUCGCAAAUAUACUGGACAGAGGAAGUAGCAAGUGCAAUAAUUGAAGGAGGAACUGCUGGGCUGCAAAAGUACGAGGAUAAAUGUACUGACCAGCUACAAUCACUCGUAAAACUGGUUCGAGGCGACAUAAGCAAUAUGGAGAGGUUGACGAUUGGGGCAUUGGUUGUCAUUGAUGUUCAUGCAAGGGACGUUGUCACUCUUCUGAAGGAAAAGCAAGUCUCCAGUGAAACAGAUUUUGAAUGGCUCAGCCAAUUGAGGUACUACCUUGAAGAAAACGAGGUAAUUGUAAAAAUGGUUAAUGCUGCACGGAAUUACGGGUACGAGUAUCUGGGAAACAGCAGUCGUCUGGUUAUUACACCCCUUACUGAUCGUUGUUAUCGGACACUGAUGGGAGCUUUGCAUCUUAAUCUUGGAGGAGCUCCCGAAGGUCCUGCUGGUACCGGGAAAACAGAAACAACAAAAGAUCUUGCAAAGGCCCUUGCGAUGCAAUGCGUUGUUUUCAACUGUUCAGAUGGUCUAGACUACCUUGCAAUGGGGAAGUUUUUCAAAGGUCUCGCUGCCUCUGGUGCCUGGGCAUGCUUUGAUGAGUUUAAUCGUAUUGAUCUGGAAGUGCUUUCCGUCAUUGCUCAGCAAAUUCUUACCAUUCAACGAGCCAUUAUGGCUGGUGUCAAGCGAUUUAUGUUCGAGGGAACAGAUCUUCCUCUUAUUCCCACUUGCACAUCGUUCAUCACCAUGAAUCCAGGUUAUGCCGGACGGUCAGAGCUGCCAGACAAUUUGAAGGCUUUGUUCCGGCCGGUGGCAAUGAUGGUUCCAAAUUAUGCGAUGAUUGGGGAGAUUAUUUUGUAUUCUUUUGGGUAUGGACUUGCUCGAGAUAUGGCGCGUAAGCUAGUGGCAACUUACAGACUUUGCAGCGAGCAGUUGUCUUCUCAGGAUCACUAUGAUUAUGGUAUGCGUGCGGUGAUAGCCGUGCUCAGAGCUGCGGGUAACUUGAAAAGAAAGUACAGAGAUGCGGACGAGUCCGUGCUCGUUCUUCGAGCUAUUCGAGAUGUCAACCUUCCCAAAUUUUUGUCUCAUGAUAUACCUUUGUUUGAAGGAAUCAUGGCUGAUCUGUUUCCCGGCGUGGUCCUUCCGAAGCCGGAUUAUGAUGCCAUUCUCUUGGCCUUGAACAACAAUUGCGUCAAGAUGAAUUUGAUACCCAUCGAACCAUUCAUACGAAAAAUCUUAGAACUCUACGAGAUGAUUAUUGUGAGGCACGGGUUGAUGAUUGUUGGAUAUUCGUUUGGAGCAAAAACCUGCAUGUACAAGGUUCUUGCGGAUGCUUUGACGGAAAUGAAUCAGCAAAACCUGGAGCAAGUAACAUGGUAUGUUAUUUUUUUACUUACAUUUUGUUGAAUGGCUAAAGCAGCCUGUCCAUUAGUAUGCAGGUAUAAUAUUCUAAAUCCGAAGUCCAUCACGAUGGGACAACUAUAUGGUCAGUUUGACCCCGUUUCGCAUGAGUGGACAGACGGGGUUCUUGCAACUACUUUUCGAAACCAGUCGGCUGACACUACUCCAAAUCGAAAGUGGCUUAUUUUCGAUGGGCCUGUAGAUGCAAUCUGGAUCGAGAACAUGAAUACGGUGUUAGAUGAUAACAAGAAGCUUUGUCUUAUGAGCGGAGAGAUUAUCCAGAUGUCUGGCACGAUGAACUUAAUUUUUGAAGUCCAGGACUUGGCGGCGGCCUCACCUGCAACUGUCUCUAGAUGCGGAAUGGUUUAUGUAGAACCUUCGGCGAUUGGAUGGAGGCCGAUUGUUACAUCUUGGCUCACAGCUUUGCCAGAGGUUUUACAAGGGCGCUACAGUGACCAGAUUUCAAAAUUGUGCGACUGGCUGCUACCGCCCUGCUUACGUUGCGUACAAAAAAAUUGCAAGCUGACGAUUGCAAUGCAGGAGCAAAACAUGGUGCAGAGCAUGCUGCGCAUUAUCUGGUCCCUCAUGGAUCCGCAAUUGACGGACAAGGUUCAAUCUGAGAAAAUGGAUGGCAACUUGAAGGCUACCUGGGUGGACAGCAUAUUUUUGUUUGCACUGGUUUGGGCGGUUGGUGCUUGCACGGAUCACGCAGAUCGCCCCAAGUUCGAUGUGCUUCUGCGCAAGCUUAUUGCCAACCAACCACCUGAGGAUUACAAGCAGUACAUAGUUGCCGCGGCAAGAAAAGUGGCCCAGAAUUUUCCAGAUGGUAAACUAGUCUACGAUUUUGUUUUCAACAAAGAUAGAGCAAAAUGGGUUCCGUGGACCGAUCUCGUCGACGAGACGCCUCCAAGUCCCGAGGCCGACUUUGCAAGGAUAAUAGUUUCGACCGCGGAUACGGUGAAAUAUUUGUUUUUGGUAAACGAGCUGGUGAUGCAUACCUUCCCUUUGCUGCUUGUUGGCCCGACGGGCACCGGAAAGAGCCAAUACGUCAAGCAGUACCUGAUGAAGCUGGAUACGUCGAAGUUUCAGUCCAUGUUUUUCAACUUCUCUGCGCAAACAAGUGCUAACCAGACGCAGGAUAUCAUUGACUCGAAGCUCGUCAAAAGGAAACAAGGAAUCUUUGGGCCGCAGAAAGGAAAGCAGUGCAUAAUUCUUGUGGACGACCUUAGUAUGCCUGCUCUUGAGAAAUACGGCGCUCAGCCACCUAUUGAACUGCUGAGGCAAUGGAUGGAUCACAAAGGAUGGUACGACCGAAAUGAUCUGUCAUUCAAAAACAUCAUAGAUACUCAGUUUAUAUCUGCAAUGGCUCCUCCUGGAGGAGGACGAAACGCAGUCACAAAUCGCUAUUUACGUCAUUUUAACGUUAUAUGUGUUACUCCAUUUUCAGACGCCACAUUGAGCAGGAUAUUUUCUUCUUUGGUUGAUUUCUGGAUGAAGAGGUCCAGAUAUCCACCACAAGUGGUUAAACUUAGGCCUCCUAUGAUUGCUGCGACAAUUGAUAUCUAUCAGACUGUUCAGCGUGAGCUUCUCCCCACUCCGGAGAAGUCUCACUAUACAUAUAAUCUGCGUGAUCUUUCCAAGGUGUUUCUGGGCCUGCAAUUUGCGCCAGCCGAGACCGACAAUGUGUACAAGAUCAUGCGACUAUGGGCUAAUGAAUGCCUUAGGAUUUUUUACGACCGCCUUAUCAACGAUAAGGACAGAGAUUGGUUUUGCGAACUUCUGGCGGAAAUGUUUGAGAAGCACUACAAAGAACGUUAUGGAAAAGUCUUUGCAAGCUUUACUCAUUCCGAAAUCAAGAAAGGGGAUAGCAGUCCUGGAAACAUGAAGUAUUUUAUGGCAGGAGAUUUCAUGGUUCCCGGGGCAGAUCCUGCGCAAUACGACGAAAUCACUGACGAGGAGGGGCUUAUGCGUGUUAUGCAAGCAUACUUGGAGGAUUAUAACCAAGUUAAUACGAAGCAAAUGAAUCUAGUACUUUUUCAGUUUGCUAUUCAACAUAUAUCGCGUAUCUGCCGCGUGAUUAAGCAGCCGGGAGGAAAUGCAUUGCUUGUAGGUGUUGGUGGUAGUGGGAGACAAAGUUUUGCAAGACUAGCUGCGUUUAUUGAAGGCUUUGAUAUAUUUCAGGUUGAAAUAGCGAAAAAUUAUGGCAUGUCCGAAUGGAGGGAGGAUUUAGGAAAAAUGUUGCGGAAAGCUGGAGAAGCGGACAAGCGCGUCAUGUUCCUUUUCGUUGAUACACAAAUUAAAAUGGAAGGAUUUGUAGAAGAUAUAAAUUCACUGCUUAACACGGGAGAGGUUCCAAAUCUUUAUGACUCCGCAGACUUAAGUUCCAUCUGUGAGGCAGUUCGACCUCGAGCAAAACGCGCAAAAAGGGAUGGAUCGCGUGCAGAGCUAUACGCAUUCUUUGUAGACGAGUGCUCUAAGAACAUGCGAAUUGCUUUGGCUUUUAGUCCAAUUGGUGGAGCUUUCAGAGAUCGAUUACGGAAGUUCCCAUCUUUAGUGAACUGUUGCACGAUUGAUUGGUUUAGCGGUUGGCCAACAGAAGCAUUACGUUCAGUUGCAGCUAGAUUUCUGGACGACGUAAAUGUGGAUGAUAAGCUUAUUCCGGGGCUCGUAGACAUGACAGUGCACUUCCAUAUUUCUGUACAGGACCUCUCACUUCAAUAUUUUACUGUAAUGCGUCGGUACUCAUAUGUUACACCAACAAGUUUCCUUGAGCUGAUCAACUUGUUUAAGUCAUUGCUAAUGAAAAAGCAGGCAGAAGUCAGCGGGUUUAAGAAAAGAUAUGAAAUGGGACUGCAAAAGCUAGAGAGUUCAGCAAACGACGUGAACACGAUGCAGAAAGAGUUGGAGGAACUCCAGCCUAAGCUAGUGCAAUCUACUGCUGAAGUUACUGAGUUGCUUCAGGUCAUUGAUACAGAAACAACUGAGGCAAAUAAAGUCAGGGAAGUUGUGUUAGUGGAAGAAGCUGCAGCAAGCAUAAAAGCCGCUGAAGCGAAAGCAAUUAAGGAUGACACAGAGGCUGAACUAGCAGCCGCAAUGCCCAUGUUAGAAGCUGCUCUCAAGGCGCUCGACACUUUGAGUAAAAACGACAUAUCAGAGCUGAAAGGAAUGAAAAGUCCACCUGCGGGAGUAAAGCUUGUCAUGGAAGCAGUCUGUAUCAUGAAAAGCAUAAAACCAACUCGCAUGAAAGACCCAGGAGGGUCAGGAAAGAUGGUUGAGGACUACUGGGAAAGUAGCAAAAAGAUGUUGGCGGAUGCUGAUUUUCUAAAGAGCUUGAGAGAAUAUGACAAGGACAACAUUUCCGUCGAAAUCAUCGCGAAAAUUCGACCUUACAUCGCAAAUCCUAACAUGGAGCCAACUAAAGUUGCUGUGAUUUCAAAAGCUGCAUUCGGGCUUUGUUCCUGGAUCAUUGCAAUGGAGGCUUAUGAUCGCGUAGCAAAAGUGGUGGCACCUAAACAAGCAGCACUUAAAAUUGCUGAAGCUGAAUACGAGGAAGUCAUGUCUGCGUUACGCGUGAAGCAGGCGUCUUUGCGAAAGGUCGAGUUAAGGCUGGCAGAAUUAGAUGCGCAGCUAAAUGGUGCACAGUUUAAGAAGAAAACGGUUGAAGAUGAAGCGAGUCUGUGCGCCACAAAAAUUACCCGUGCAAACCAGCUCAUGUCUGGUCUCGGGGGUGAGAAAACUCGCUGGACAGCCCAGGCUCAAAUGUUUGGAGAAACGUACAUCAAAUUGACCGGGGACAUUCUAUUGUCGGCUGGGAUGAUAGCUUAUCUCGGUGUGUUUACUCCGACGUUUAGAGAUCAAGCAGUUGCGGACUGGCUAGCUGUUUGCAAGGGGAAAAAGAUCCCAUGCUCUACUGAUUUUGUUCUCAGCAAUAUCCUUGCCGAUCCUGUAGAGAUACGAGCGUGGAACAUCUGUGGUCUACCAAAAGACCAGUGCUCGAUUGACAACGGCACAAUCAUCAAAACUGCUCGUAGAUGGGGCUUGAUGAUUGAUCCUCAGGGUCAAGCUAACAAGUGGAUAAAAAAUCUUGAAGCAAGCAAUGCCCUCAUAAUCACAAAACUCAGUGACAAUGACUUCUUGCGAAAGCUUGAAGUUGGAAUUCAGUUUGGAAAGCCUGUCUUAGUUGAAAACGUUGGCGAAGAACUUGAUCCAGCUAUUGAACCUAUUCUAUUGCAGCUAACAUUUAAACAGAGUGGCACUCUGUGUAUAAAACUAGGAGAUAACACGCUGGAGUAUUCCUCAAAGUUCCGUCUCUAUCUCACAACAAAACUUCGGAACCCUCACUACAGUCCCGAAACUUCCGCAAAGGUCACACUACUCAACUUUAUGAUUACCUCGGAAGGCUUGUUCGAUCAGCUUCUUGGAAUAGCUGUUGCGAAGGAGCGGCCUGACUUAGAGGAAGAAAAAAAUCAGCUGAUUCUUCAGAGUGCGAGCAAUAAGAAGCAGCUUAAGGAAAUUGAAGAUAAAACGCUGGAGGUUCUGUCGCAAGAAGGAAACAUUCUUGAAGAUGAAACUGGAAUACAGGUUCUUUCACAAUCCAAAAUUUUGUCUGAGGAUAUUUCCGCCAAGCAAAAGAUUGCCGAAGAAACUGAGGUCAAAAUUGACAAUGCACGUAGCGGAUACAAACCGGUGGCAAAAGUAACAGCGAUCUUGUUUUUUUGUGUUUCAGACAUGGCCAAUAUUGAGCCGAUGUACCAAUAUUCGCUACCAUGGUUCAUAGAUUUGUUCGAGUUUUCCAUUAUGAACAGUGAGAAAUCUCCCGAUCUCGGAGCACGGCUCAGGAUUUUAAACGAUCACUUUCUGUACACCCUCUACUGCAAUGUUUGCCGUUCUUUGUUUGAGAAGGACAAACUUCUGUUCGUCUUUUUAAUGACAGUGAAGCUUUUCUCUGCUGAAGGAAAGCUGAGUCUUGACGAGCUAAGGUUUUUCAUGACGGGAGGCAUUGCUCUUGAUAAACAGCCAGCUAAGCCUGCGGGUGAAGCCACUGCAUGGCUUAGCGACAAGGCGUGGGGCGAACUUUAUCGGCUUUCACAGAAAGAAGCCUUUAGCGGUUUGGAUGCAGACAUCAUUCAGCAAGCAGACAAGUGGCGCGUCAUUUUUGAUAGUCCUGAACCACAUAUGGAACCACUUCCUUUGCCCUGGAAUAUUGAGCUCGACUCAUUCCAAAAGAUGGUAGUGUUGCGGUGCAUUCGGCCUGACAAGCUUGUGUUAGCUACGGCGAAUUAUGUCGCUGAAUCUUUGGGAUCAAAGUUUAUCGAACCACUGCCUCUCAACCUUGAAAGCUGCUACAAAGACGCUUCAGCUACGACGCCACUCGUCUUUGUUUUAUCGCCCGGCUCAGAUCCAAUGUCGAUGCUUCUCAAGCUUGCAGCGGAUAAAGAGGCUAAGUUAGAGACAGUCUCGCUUGGACAGGGACAGGGCCCAGUAGCUAUUGCCAUUCUCAACGUCGCAGCAAAGGAAGGCUCUUGGGUGGCGCUCCAGAACUGUCAUCUGGCUGUUUCCUGGAUGGCCACGCUGGAGAAGUACUGGGAGAACGAGCUUACAAAAGAGAAAACACACAAAGAUUUCAGGCUCUGGCUGACAAGCUAUCCUUCGGACGCGUUUCCAGUAGCAAUCCUUCAGAAUGCGGUGAAGAUGACCAACGAGCCUCCGAAUGGUCUCAAAGCCAACUUGACCGGCAGCUACUUCAUGUAUCCGAUAUCAGAUAUUGACUUCUUCAGCAAUUGUUCGAAAGGUCCCGAGUGGCGAAGAAUGCUCUAUGGACUUUGUUUCUUCCAUGCUUUUGUUCAGGAACGGAGAAAGUUUGGACCCUUGGGUUGGAACAUCCCAUACGAGUACAACGAAUCAGAUUUGCGAAUUAGCGUACGACAGUUGAAGAUGUUCAUCGAAGAGUAUCCCGACAGGAUUCCUUACAAGGCUCUCAACUACUUGACUGGAGAGUGUAAUUAUGGUGGUCGAGUUACUGAUGAUCACGACCGAAGAACACUCAUCACAAUACUGGAAGGAAUUUAUUGUGAUGCUGUUCAUGACGAUAACUAUUCUUUCUCUGAAAGUGGUCUUUUUCGUGCUCCUCCUGAUGGCACCUACGAAAACUUUUUGGAGUUCAUUAAGAGACUUCCGAAUCAGCCUCGCCCCGAGGUUUUUGGUUUUCACGACAACGCUACCAUAAGCAAGGACUUGAACGAAACGGCCCGGCUUCUUGAUUCCCUGCUUUUAGUAUCACCAGCAGCCUCAGAAGGCGGGUCAUCCAAGAAAGGUGGAGCACCAGCAAUGUCUCCGGAUGAUGUUAUGCUGGGAAUAUCGUCGGAUAUCCUGGGAAAGCUUCCUGGAAACUUUGACAUCGAAGCUGUCCAGAACAAAUACCCCGUUGUCUACCUCGAGUCCAUGAACACGGUGCUAUGCCAGGAGCUUGAAAGAUUUAACAAGCUGCUUAGUAUAAUUCGGUCCAGCCUUCUCGAGCUUCAGAAGGCCGUGAAAGGAUUGAUUGUCAUGAGUGCGGAACUAGACCAACUUGGGAGGAGCCUUUUGGAUGGUAAGAUACCGGCAAUGUGGGCUGCCAAGUCAUAUCCGUCGAGAAAGCCGCUUGCAAGCUACGUCUCGGACUUGCUGGAGCGAGUAGCGUUCUUCCACGACUGGGUUGUCAAUGGACCUCCCAGCGUCUACUGGCUAUCUGGUUUCUUCUUCACACAGUCGUUUCUUACCGGAGCCAAGCAAAACUUUGCUCGUUCUGCCAAGGUUCCCAUUGAUAUGAUCGACUUUGAGUUUCAAGUUAUGGAGGAUCCGGCUGCUUGUACAGUAAAGCCAGAGAUUGGCGUGUACGUUCGUGGUCUGUUCUUGGAAGGAGCUAGAUGGGAUUACAACACACAUUAUCUGGGCGAAUCGGAGCCAAAAGUUCUCUACUCGGCAUGUCCAAUCCUCUGGCUGGUUCCGACGGAGCUCUCAAAAUUCGGCAACUAUCCGCACUACUUGUCUCCGUUGUACAAAACCAGUGAUCGAAGGGGUAUCCUUUCCACGACCGGCCACUCGACAAACUUCGUCAUGGAAGUGAAGCUCCCGUCCAACAUGCCGCAGGCUCACUGGGUGAAGCGAGGAGUCGCUCUUCUUUCACAACUAGAUGACUAAACAACACAUCAAAGAAGGUGGAAAGAAAAUGGAGCACCCCGGGUAGCAGUUCUCGCAGCGAGAGAGGUAGAGUGGAUCCCGGCACUUGUAUCCCAGAGCUGGCAAGCAGCUCUCGGGACAGGACGUGAAUCUGGAGCUCCGGCAGGCGUUUGUCCCGUUGAGAAAGAUGAGCGCGCAGGACGUCCCCUGGAGUCGACAGCAGUUCGUGCAGCUCUUGGAGAGGUAGCCGUGGUCGCACUCCAAGAUGGUGUUGGGCAUGCACUCGUCAGGGCAAGAGCCAUCAACUGAAAGGCCAAAGUCACGGCGCCAUGAACAAGAGAGGAGAUCACAGAGACUUACACUCAAAUGGAGGCAGGAAUGGGGCAACUCCUGGGAAAAAAAGCAGAUUUUUCAAGUUCAACAUCAGAUCUUGAGAGGUUUUCUAUUAAACCUGUGAUCAAGACGAAGAGCAGCAGCAGGAUCGCUGGAAACUUUGGCAGCUCCAUCGCAGCUCUCUCUCGAGACGACGAAGAAGAAGAAACUUAAAGAGACAACCAAGGAGGAAGGACCGUGUACAUAUUGGAGGGGACACGAAAGUUCUAUGAUCGGUGAAACAAAACGCAUAUCGUGGUUUUUAAUCUGGAAUAGCCAACGAACAAUGUACCUGGGAAUUGUUACAAAGGAAGCUGUUUGCUCGACGCUCU